ACAGUCAGGUGGAUAUCAGGGCACGACGGCGUCGAGGGGAACGAAGCGGUAGACAAAGAGGCCAAGAGAGCUGCAAAGAACAAAAGAGAUAACAGUCCUAGAGCGCUUCUCCCACCAUACCUUCGCAAAGGUGUCCUACCCUGCAGUAUCUCGGCGCUUAAGCAAGCGCAGAAACAAGAAUCGUUCGAACGAUGGGAAAGGUUCUGGCGAAAGUCACCCCGUUACGAACGCACUGUCAGCCUAGACCCCAACAUA